AAUAACAGAAAUCAGUACCAUUUUUCCCUAUAAAAUUAACACAAAAGCUAAAGUUUCGGUCCUUGUAUUGGAGAUUGGAAACACAACCCUUCACCCCUCUAUCUCUCCCUCUCUCUCUCUCUCUCUCUCUCUCCAAAGUUCUUUUUUAAAAUAUUUAAAUCCUAAGCAUGAUUUCAUCACUCCUUAGUAUUUAUAUCGCCACACCCACAUGGGCAAACUUUAAGAAAACUCAACCCCAUUUGUGUGUUUUUCUAAUCAGGCAAAUGCUUAGAAGUUCAAGCCAAGGUGUCAGAACAUAAAACCCGAGACAUUAGAAGCUGUGAGAGAAGAAAGAAGAAGAAGAAGAAGAAAGAGAGAUUUUUUUUUUCAAUUCCUGGGUGUUUUCAAGAGCUUUGGAAAUGGUGAGAGAGUGAAGUGCUCGACAAAGUUUUCUCACAACGGUGAUCUUGUGUUGGAUGGAUUUGGAGGGAGCUUCAUUUCUAAAGGAAAAAACUAGGGAUAGAUGGUGCUGUUUCGGUCACAGAAGAAGACAACACCAAUGUACACAAACGGAAACCGAUAUAGCGCAAGAAACAACACGAGGAAAUUUCUCAAAAAUGGCUUCUUGCUGUUGUAAGAUCUCACCAAUCAUUCCCAUUUUUGUAUUCUUUCUUCUUGUUUCUUCUUCAAUUUGUCCUGUCUAUGCGUCGGAAACCGGCAAUCUCCAUGCAAGCAAUCAAACUUUCCGGCCAGAAGAAGAGCUACAAAAGUUGAAAGUAAUAAGAGAACGUCUCAAGAAGAUCAACAAGCCAGCAGCCAAGACAAUCCAGAGUCCAGAUGGUGAUAUCAUAGAUUGUGUUUUAUUACAUCAUCAACCAGCCUUUGAUCAUCCUCAAUUAAAAGGACAAAAACCAUUGGAUCCACCAGAGAGACCAAGUGGUCAUAACCCAAAUGGGAUGGCGGCAGAAGAUUUUCAGCUGUGGAGCAUGUCUGGUGAAUCAUGUCCGGAAGGAACAAUUCCAAUCAGAAGAACAACUGAACAAGACAUGUUAAGGGCCAGUUCUGUAAGAAGAUUUGGAAGGAAACCGAGAAGACGUGUUAGAAGAGACUCAACUAGCAAUGGCCACGAGCAUGCAGUUGGGUAUGUGAGCGGAGAUCAAUAUUAUGGAGCAAAAGCAAGCAUAAAUGUGUGGGCGCCUCGUGUCUCCAAUCAAUAUGAAUUCAGCUUAUCCCAAAUGUGGGUCAUCUCUGGUUCAUUUGGCGACGACCUCAACACCAUUGAAGCUGGCUGGCAGGUAAGCCCAGAGCUAUAUGGGGACAAUUAUCCUAGAUUCUUUACUUAUUGGACCACGGACGCAUACCAAGCAACUGGUUGCUAUAAUUUGCUCUGCUCAGGAUUUGUUCAAACUAAUAAUAGAAUUGCAAUUGGAGCUGCAAUCUCCCCAACAUCAUCAUACAAUGGCGGACAAUUUGAUAUCAGCCUCUUGGUUUGGAAGGAUCCAAAGCAUGGAAAUUGGUGGCUGGAAUUCGGAUCGGGGAUCCUGGUAGGAUACUGGCCAUCAUUCUUGUUCACUCACCUAAGGGAUCACGCAAGCAUGGUACAAUUUGGUGGAGAAAUUGUGAACUCAAGGUCAGGAGGCUUUCACACCUCAACAGAAAUGGGCAGUGGUCAUUUUGCAGGGGAAGGCUUUGGAAAGGCAUCGUAUUUUCGAAAUUUGCAAGUCGUUGAUUGGGACAAUAACUUAAUCCCACUGGCAAAUCUCCGGGUCCUGGCAGAUCAUCCAAACUGUUAUGAUAUCCAAGGAGGGAUUAAUAGAGUGUGGGGGAAUUACUUUUACUAUGGAGGACCUGGAAGAAAUGUCAGGUGUCCCUAAAGGGGAGGGUAUAGGAUGGAAAUUUUUUCCUUUUCUUUUUUUUCUUCUUUUUAAUAUAUAGGUUUUUUUCUUCAAUACUUGUUGGGUGAUAUUGGGUCUCUGCUGGAGAUCAUCCAGUGAGUUUGGGCCUAUGGGGUAUUCUUAUAAUUAUUUUUCCUUGUUAAUCCAAUUUUUUUCGAUUGUUCUUUUUUCUUUCAGCUAACCGGUGUCCAUUAAUUAAACCACCUUUUGGGACUUUUGUGUAAAUGUGGAAAAAAUGAUGGAAUAUAAUGAAUACAGUAUGGGUUGUGG